CCUUACGCGCUGACGCAAACGGCGUAAACGUAUCAACGUCAGUACGUUUUGCGCACGCGCUGUGGACCUUGAGCGUGAAUCUGCGUUUUGAGUACUGAAUGGGAAUAAGCCAUUAGUAACCGGAGAACUGCAGUCAUCAUGAAUACCAAGGCCCUUUCUUCACAACUGAAGGACAGCAUCCCAAUCCCUGAGCUCUCUACAGCGUAUGGUGGGUAUGGAGUCCAGGAUACCCUCCGAGCCGGAUUUACGAGUGUACAGAGUGAGCUGCUACCAAGUCAUUCCUUAGAACUGUCCGAGAAAAAUUUCCAGAUAAACCAGGAGAAAGUCAGUUUCUCUACUCUACGAAACAUCCAAGGCUUGCAUGCUCCUCUGAAGCUGCAAAUGGAGUUCAAAGCAGCUAAACAGGUUCAGCGUCUUCCAUUCCUGCAGAGCUCUAACAUUGCUCUGGACACCUUAAGAGGGAACGAUGAGUGCAUCAGCUUUGAAGAUAUUCUCAGUGAUCCUUCUGAGUGCGAGAUGAUGGGAGAGCCACACAUGAUGGCGGAGCACAAGCUGGGCUUGUUGUAAUAACUGAUGCCAACUACUUGAAUAAAAUCUUCAGAUUCUUUUGUACAAGUCUGAGGACUGUGUCUUAUGUUCUGCUGUCACUUUUAGCCAUUAUUUCAUUUAACAUAACCACAAAGUAAAAAUGAUUCAAACCUC